AUGCAGAGGCGGGGGCAUUCCCCUUUCUCUCCUGAAAAGUUCCCUCGGGACGACACAGCGAAGCGCCGAUCCUGCUGGAAGCACCGGCUUUCGUUUCCCCACUCUUCUCGGUCUUCGCCAGCGUCUCUGCGUUCCUCGCCCAAGUCCCCUCCCAGUGUCAAAAAGGAAGACAGAGACGGCGGCGUGGGGCGCCUCUCACGGCCUCGUCACGUCCUUCUCCUCUUCCUCCAUGCUGUCCUUGCUGCUUCUCACCUCUACUUGCCUGCUUUUUCUUCUCCCUCGUCUCCGCUCUCUUCUUCUCCCUCGUCUCCGCUCUCUUCUUCUCCCUCGUCUCCGCUCUCUUCUUCUCCCUCGUCUCCGCUCUCUUCUCCGUGGCUGCAGGAUCCUGGCGUCCGCGCACGUCGGUUGUCUGUGUCUCCUGGGGCGCCUCAGUUCUCUCCUAAGUCGCUGCUCUCUGGAGACAUCACACACAACCACCGACUCCCGGCGUCUCAGAUUGAGCACACCGCGAGUUUCAUGGCGGAUUAUCAGCGCCAGUUUUCUGCGCCUAACCCGCUCGCGGGCGCGGAGACACUCGGCGAGAAGGGAGGCGACGAAGCGAAGGACGGCGAAGAGACAGGCGAGGCGACGGCUGUGGAUGUCGACGCCCGACUCGGCGACAAGCUGCGCACGAAACGGCGGGGAGACAAGCAAACUCGAGAAGGGGUGCUCCCAGGCCGCGACGGCGCGCUCCGUGCCGACGCCAUCUGCGAGCGAAUCAAAGCAGGAAACAUUAAACAGAUUUCCCUGGGUGUUCACACCUCGGGAGUGGUCGAGCUCCUGCCGAAAGAAAAACUGAAGAACCACUGGUUCCAAGUCCCUCUCUCCGAGGAAGCUCUGCCUGGCCUCGACACCCCCUCAACUCUUCAGCAUUCGCCUCCCGACCUGAGCAUCCUUGUGACGCCUCACCGGCCUAGUCAGUUCCCAGCGGUGCAUUUGAUUUCCCAGAAGGCGGGCGCAUGCGUUUGGAUUCGCGACGCCGCCGCUGCAGGGCCAACUUUGCUGCGCGUCUCCACCGAGGAGCUGCAGCGACUCCCUCGCCCAGGCGUCCUCACGCUCCUCGUCUCCUGCGACGCACCCUGUGCGCCGCACAUCAGUCUCCAGUGGAACCCGCUGCGCGCAAACGACGUCAUAGACCUCGAGUGCCGGAAAGACGAAAAAUCAGACAUUAUCUGUCCCUCGGUGAGCGGCGAGGCGCCUAUGGGCGUGCCUCUCCACUACGCGUUCAGAUGCACAGAGCCCUGCCGAGAGGCGCUCCGAGGUGUUGUCGGAGCGAGCGUGGAAGUGGUCGUGUCUCCGUCAUCCUAUCAGCCGCUCCUGCCGUCUAGCGCCGACUCGCCUUCCCCGCUGCCGCCGUCCUCUCCUUCCGCGGCUUCGUCUUCUGUUUCUUUUUCUGCUCCUGAACCACGCUUGGCGCUGUUGGCCGCUUGGGACUGCUUGCCGGAGACGACGCUUUCCGAUGACGAGGACGACGACAAACAUCCCGCGCUGACCCCUGCUCAGGAGGCCGGUGUCUCUCCUUCUCUUUCUCCUCCUUCUUCCGCGUCCUCUCCUUCCUCUUCUUCCUCUUUUUCGUCGUCUUCUUCUUCUUCCCCUUCGUCCUCUUCUUCUUCUCUGCGAAGGCGAAAGGAGGCGGAAGGGCCAGGAGACGAAAAUCAGGCAAAAGACGCGCGCACCCACAGUAACGUCGGCGGCGACAGGGGGGGCAACGUUGAUCGCGCAAAUCGCCGAAACGCAUGCAAGCGCCUCGAGUCUGUCGGAGGAGCCGCUGGAGUUACUUACUUCACGGCACCGUUAGGGGACGUGUCGAAGACUCCAGCUGUUCACACGUUGCACAUUUUCGUCCUUUCUUCGAGUCAGGCGACUCGGAAGUUUCGUCUCACUCUGGAUGUGCCGCGCAGUGUCACCGAGGUGGCCCUGGACCGGCCUUUGUUUGUCGUUUUGCCUGCAAAUUCUCUCCGCUUCUUCAAAGUGUUUCUCCCCGAAGUCACCAUCGACCCUCAGAACUCGUGUCUCCAAAACGCCGUGGGCUCGACUGUUGAACACCUCCCGGUCGAAAUCAUCGCUGAAUCGGUCGCCGGCGGCGUCCCGGCACUCGCCGUCGCCAACGAGGAGCUAGAACCUAGGCCAGACCCUGCCAAGACAAAGCGGGAGCAGGUGUUCGCGUGGCGCAGCACCAGUCAAGAAUCCGAGGCGGGCGUUCGCUACGCCCUCGUCUACCUGGGAUCCGACGCUCUGCGGCGGAAGAAGCCGUUCGGGACGUUUGUCAUCGGCCUGCGCACUUCGACGUUCGCCCUCGUGUCCCUUUCUGUCUCCUCGCUCGCGGCUGCGACGGGCAUGCGGCACUGGGCGGAGCUCCCCUCUGUCGGCGUGGGCGUGAACCUCACCUUUAUCCCCUUUUCGCACUACUGCAAAGACGAAUUCAUCGUCUUCCGGACAGGCAGCAACGUCGGCAGGGAAACAGCCCCGGGGAUCACAGACGCCAGCCACAGCGAGGAAGCGAAGGCAGACGCAGGGACGGGCGAGGCGCAAACUUCCGUAGGCGGCGAGACGCACGAGUCUCUGAUUCUGUUUGUGCACAAACAAAAGGGUGACAUGCCCAGCGAAUUCUGCGUCGUCCCCUGCGGGCCAGCCGAGGGGCUCUUCCGCGUCUGCCCGAAGCUGCCUCUGGAAAAAGAUGCCCCGUGUCCUUCGCCGUUUAUAAGCCGACCUACGCCAGGUUCCCAAAUGCUGCGCCUCGCCAUUCCUGCCGAGGCGCUCGAACCCCGAACGACUUACGUCGUCCGCAUUCGUCUCGCGUCGUGGCAAGAAACCUCAGUCGUGAUGGGUCUCUGGCGCCCGACGCCUCGCGACUAUCGCGUGCAGACCGUGCGCGUGAUGAGCGGCGUGCCAUUCAAAGGCCACCUCUUCAACGACAACGCGACUGCAGCGACGCUGGAACUUCUCUUCAAUGUCGACCCAAACGCGCUGCCUCGCCUCUCCAAACCCGACAGCGGGUAUAUGUUCCGCCUGAGUUUGUCGGGAACUGCUCCGGGGUUUGUCGUCUCUCUUUCGCUUCCCGGAGGGCGCCGGGCGAAGGGAAAGAGCCGGUCCGUCUCCGUCCCUGAAGCCGAGACGAAGAGCAGAGUCGACUUUUCUGAGCGCUUUUCCGCCGCCGCAGUCUUCGAAGACAAAGAGGGCGUGGGCGACUGGAGCGUGCGCAUCCACAGCCUGGCCACCGUCCCCGUCGUUGUCGACGUGACUGUCUCCUUUGGCCCCGAAAGCGGAGAGACAGAACAGGCUCUUCUCGCCAAGCGCGCUUCCGGAGCAGGGUUCCUCGAAGUCACGACACAUCUCAUGGAUGGAGCAGUUUAUGUCGGGCACAUCCAACCAGAUGCAAAGCGAGGAAGCGGAAAGCAAUUCUUCUCCUUUCCCGUAGACUACAAACUCAUCGCAGCACAUGCAGUCGACGCACGCCCGCACAUGCGUUGCAUCGCCUCCUCCUUCGAUGACGAAGGCCGGCGCGUGCGGCUGUUUGCCAACGUUUUGACGAAGGAAAACGCGGAGUCGUACCGCCCGCCAGACCCCGACAUUCCAGGCACGGUUCUCUGGCCUCGGCAGCACGCUGGGAAAUUCCCCGACAUUCAAGUUAUCGAAGUCCCCCUCGACGACCCGCAGUCGUUGACUCCAGGCACUGCCUCUGCAUAUGUAGUGGUGGUCCAACCAAGUCCUUCUUCCACUUCUUCUUCUUCCUCUUCUUCUUCCGCUUCUUCUUCCUUUUCCUCUUCUUCCUCUUCCUCUUCCCCUUCUUCUUCCUCUUCUUCUUCCUCUUCCUCUUCUUCUUCCCCUUCUUCUUCCCCUUCUUCUUCCUCUUCCUCUUCUUCCUCGGCCCACCUUCCUGUUGGCUCUGCCGCUGGGGAGGCAAAAGACUCGAACGAGGAGAGUGAGGAUGGCAUUCCCUUCACCAUCGUCUGCAGUGGAAACGGCGAGGUGUUUCCACUACCUCUCGACGUUCCCGUGCGCCGUUCCAUUGCCGCCGACGCUUUUCAUUUCUACUCUUUUGCAACGCCUGUCUACAACAAGGACGUCGUGAUUGCGCUUACAACUGGAGCUGUGGGAGAUGCCGACCUCUUUGUGUCUCCUCACCGCGCGGUCUCUUCCGCUCCUCACGGGUACACCUGGUCGUCCACGGAACUUGGCACAGACUGGGUGUUGCUGGCGGCCGAGUCGAAGGAUUUCCAAGCGGCCUGCAACGCGACAGUCGUCGCCCAGACCGGGUUCUGCACGUUUUUCAUCCUCGUCAAGGCUCAGGAAGACGCGCAGUACACGCUGGAAGUGCGCCAAGAGACGGGUGGCGUCGACGCGAUCAUCCCUGCUCUCCCCGUGCGCGGCUUCGUCAAGAAAGGCCACACAAAAAUGUUCUCCUACAUCGACGUGAACCCCGAGGAGGAUCUCAAAAUCGCAGUGACGAGCGACCGGGACGUGUCGCUGUACGCCGCACUCGGGAACGGGACGCUCGUCUCGGACUUGACUCCGCUGCACUUGGGGAGCGCGCACUGGUGGGCGGACGGCGUGCGGCGAUCGAUCGAGAUCAAGGGCGCAGAUCUCCGCCGGCGGCAGGCUGUCCUCGGCUGUUCCUUCUCGAAGGAUUCAAAGGCAAAUUCUUCGCGGUCGCUGCGGAAACAGUGCGUGCUCCGCGUGGACGUCUCUGCCCACCAGGACCAGCCUUUUGCGCUCACGCUUCUCCGGUCUCCGACGAACUCGAUCGUGUCCAACCUGAUCGUCGACGCGACGCCGAAUCUCGGCUUCCUCUGGCUAAACAGCGACGUAAAGUACGAACUAUGGAUCGACGAGUUCAUUCUCGAUCGAGACCUCGACGCUGCCCUUCACCUGCAAGUUGCCUCGUUCGACUGCCGAGCAACCCUCACGGUCCGGUGGCCGGACGGAUACCGCCGAGCCUUUCCGUGGCCGCAGAGCCAGCAACUCGUCAUUGGCCGAGACAUCCAUCCGUGGACCGAAGGGCCUUUCUUCUUCAUGCUCCACGACCCGAGCAUCCAGAAGGGAAGUUGCAUAUACGUCUUCAACGCCCACGUGUCGACGACGCUCCACGAGAGGCACCAAGUGGUUCCUCUCGACUUCAACGUGCCUCUGCACGCGUCGGUGACGAGUCACAGGCCGAGCUUCUUCGUUUGGACUGCGCCGUAUUCUGGGCGGUCCGACGACGACCUUUUCCUCCUCAAAGUCACGCCCUUUGUCCACAUGGUCGACGUCUUUGUCCAGCCCCUCCACAGGGCUCUAGGUUUCCCCAAACGCCCAGACCCCGGCGAAUCGCUGCCGCCGUCCGUCAAACAACUCGUCCAGGAGUCGCCCGAGUCCCCCACGCUCGUCCUGCGAAUCGGAAGCGCGUGGCGCCACGCUGAGGACGUCGACUGGAUUCCUGCGUGCGAACCGGAUGACCUGGCGACAAGCCGUCUGGAGGACGACCAACUCGGGACCGACACGGAGGACGUUUUUCAUCCUCUCGAUUCUUGUCAGAUUCUCAUCAGCGUGUACGACCGCCGGCGCGCCACAGAUCUCUCGGAGUCGCGCGAAGUCGAUUUCAGCAUUCAGGUAACUUCACGGUCCACCGAUGCCUUCGACGUCUACUCCUUCGGGGAGACGCGCCAGUUCGUCCCGGAAGAAUUCAUUGGCGAGAACAGCACAAAGGCGCUCCUGCUGUACCAAGACAACCCGAGUGCAGAUGUCCACCUGCAUGUUCGGUGCGAAGAUCCGUUCUUGAUCUCCAAAAUGACGGCGGCCUUGUUCCACAACUUGACACGAUUGAACCAGGAGCUACAGCACCCCGAUGGGUGUCGCGGGGACGACGCCGGGAAGUUCUGCUGGAUUGGCGAGCCUACGAAAGACUGGCAAAGUGGAUCGACCGCGGACAUCCUCAUAAAAGCCGAUGAGAAACUCGUCGAGAACAAGAACUUUUUAUACGUCCUUCUUUUUCUCAACGAAACGUAUUCCUCGACUUUCCAACCCGUUGUCGAGUUCUCCGCCACACAGGAGGGCUUGUAUGUGCCUCUGAAGAACAACAUUGACUCGGGAAUCUACUCUGUGACAGCUGAAAAACCCGUCUUCUUCUCCUUCGAAGUCACGGAGCCGAGCGGCCAGGUGAUUUUCACUUUGGACCCGGACCGCGACUCACCAAAGACGGACGGCGACCUGCGCAGUUCGUACAGCGAACGCAUUCAGAAGCCCCUGCAGGCGACGUCGAUGUUUGUGAAGACGUGCAACACAGAGACGUUUGUGCGCACCAUGUGGAGUCCCUCCCUUCGGCCUUCCAACCUCCUUAACUCGCAUCAGGGUUACGUGAACGAACGCGACCAACUCGUGGCGAUUGUCGACAACAACUGGCAAUUGUUUGAAGCCCAGCUUUGUUUCUACCGUCUCGGAAUCUAUACCACGUCGUCGGAGCCCUUGUACUUCCGUAUGACAGCCACAAUCAUUCACCAGUCCUUGCCCAUGGCUGUGCCCAUCGGGUCUGCUGUCUUGGGCCAUGUCUCGAAAAUGCCCCACGCGAACCGGCGCACUGUCCUCGUUCAGACCAUGGCUGUCGAAGACAAAUUCACUUUCCGACUCUGGAAACCGCCCGAAUUCAAUGGGAAACUCGUCACGACGUUCGAGGUGUGCAGCGGAACCGCAGCCCUCAGGUGGAAUGACCGGCUAAGCAAGAUCGUCUCCGGCAGCGUGGUCCCAGGAAUUUUCCUGGGGUCCAUGAAGCGCGUUUCGAGACGAACAGAUAGCUCAUCUCUCCAGCAGCAAGGUCGGAUGUAUCGGGUUGUUGAGGCGCAAAGCGCAAAUUUCCUUGGCGUCUCAUGCGAGUUUCCAGAAGGCACGGCCAGCGAAAGCUACAUCCGUCAGAAGAAUGCGACCUUCAGCAUUCUGAUGACCAAGCUGGAAAGCACGCCGUGUUUCAGUGCAGAAUCUGACGACGUGGACGCAGCAAUUGCGCCGGUGCCUUGGUACGAGCACCUUCGCCAUCCGUUCAGCGGAAGCAAAUGGAAUCUGAAUGUUCGGUGGAAACCUUUGAUGACCUUCCCCGCAAUCAAGGCUCUCUCGCAAGACGGGCACUGGACCUGUUCAAAGACGGCUCUUGGGGAGUGGGGAAACCAAGUUCCGGACAACCAGGUACAGUACGAGGUGUUUGUUGCGCUUGCCAAUGCAACUCGGGCGAACUGGUUGGCCAGUUGUGGGCUCUACAUGGACGCGGAAUACUACAAAACGACGUCAAAGUAUCUCGUCACGGCCGGACAGACGAGCUUCAGUCUACCCUUGCAAUACCAAGGAUCCCAAGUGUACAAACACCCGAAGAUGCGAGCUUAUCAAAACGUGCGCGUGGCUGUGGUUUGGUGCUUUUAUAGGGUGGGGGUGCUGGCGAAACAUAUCCCUCAAGCAUUCGAUCAGGGGAUGCAGCCUUACACGUAUCGCUUCGUGGAGGUCGAGCUGGCGCAUACAGAAGAGCUGCUCGGUCUGGGAUCGACUUAUCUGUUGAUUGUCGUAGUCGCUUGUCUCGUCUUCGCCUGCCGACGGCAUAUGUUCGCAUGCGCAAAAGGCAUAUGGAAAACGCUACUCUUUGUGACGUCUUCGGGAUCCCGCCAGCAAGGACGGAGCCGUACCACAGGUCCGCACAGUAUUGAAAUGUUUCCGGUUUCUCACGGAUACACGCCCCCUCCCGCCACACUUGGGUGCAGAACGGUGAAAGAGGACUACGAAGACCAAGGGUGUUCUGAAGGUCCAGUGACUAGGACGGCCGACGAAUAUCCUUUGUCACCUUUACCACAGUCCGUGGAACCGUGGUUAGGACGGGAGGGACACUAG